UUCCAGAAGGGCUCGUUGGACCACAAGCUGCAGCAGGUCAUCCGGGACAACCUCUACCUGCGCACCAUUCCCUGUAAGUCUCCUCAACCCCUGCUCUGAAAUGGCACCCUAUGCGGACCCUGGUGAAAUGUAGUGCACUAUAGGUGACAGACACACCGCUCAGUGUCUCUCUCACAUACUUGAAGAUCGCCAUGACAACACAAGCAAAGACAUCCUCAUAAACCCAGACGUUGCUCCAAAUGGCAGUCUGUGAUUACGGUCUUUCAUACAAAAGCUUUUACUCUGAGUGGUGCAAGAUAUAAGUCAAUCUGCAAAUUAGCUUUAAUCUGAAUGACCUUUAGAGCCGUCAGUUAAGAGUACAUGUAGAGGUGCUAUCCUCUCCUCAAUGGUCAUAAUAGCUGUGUUCUUAGAGUAGGAAAGGAAUGUGGUUCUAUUAGAAAAGACAAUGAACAUGCUGGAGAACAGAGAUCUUAUCUCCAAAUUACUACAUUAUUAUGUCAUUAUUACCACACACAUUAAGUUGCAAAAUUAAGAGCAUAAUAUUUACCAUUACAUUUUUCCAAAGCAGAGUCUCUAAAAGAACAGUAACAUGUUUGAAUCCCACACACAGUCCCACUGUUCCUCAGGCUAUGGCAGACAGUUCUGCAUGGCACUGUCACAAACGCACAUUGAAAGGCUCCCUGCUCUCCCCCAAAGGGCUGAAAGACGCUCUAUAUUAUAGAGUGGGGAAUCGCAGGCAGAAGUGUGAGAUAUUUCCAGGAAGUAAGCAGCUUACCUCUCAUGUAUAUUUACAUUUUUGGAGAGGACGAAUAUUUCUCCCUCUAUCAGUCCCUUCUCUCAACCACUUGUCGAUCAUAUGUGAGUUGAAGAUUUCUGCCUUCUCUUGGGCAGUCAACGUACAUCUGUUUGUGCCUGAUUGUUUCUGUCUCCAGUCUAUGCUCCUAGUUUGUCUUUCUUAACCUUACUUUACCUGGCGGAGUGAAUACUGUUUCUCUGACUAAAUUCUGAGAUCUUUGUAAGAGACAUGCCAUUGCCUUGAAUUACAUGAUCUUCCUGAGUUAGUCAGUGCAGUGCUGAAUGUUUUAUGCUGUGCUGUAAUUCAGUUCACUGUGUCUUUCUGUUGGUGUGGUAUUCUCCAGAGGCUAGUCUGGCUCUGCCAGAUCUAUUAGGGGAUGGACACAGAACCUUAGAACUCAUCUCAUGCCUCUACGGGACAAUGGUUGCUAGCAGAAUUAAAUGACUAUUUCAGGGCUAUAGUCUUUUCUCUUCACACUUUUACAGUACCCCUUGUUUUAUAUUUCCUGCAGUCCACCCUCUAUCAGCUACAGUGGCCUCACCGCAUGACUGUGACUCCAUAAUUCCCUCUCUGAAUUACUGUCUUAAUGAGCGAGUGACUGAGACAGAAAGACUGAAUGACAUCAUUCAAUCUCCCUUACUCUCUCCAUCUUUACCCCCUCUCAUUCUCUCUGUUUCUAGCAUUCCUGCCUUCCAUUUGUCUCUUUCAUUCACUCCCUCUCUAUCAUUCUCUCUCUUUUUCCCCUCUCUCUUUCUCUCUCCAUAUCCCUCCCACAUAUGAUGUGUUAGCAAUGCAUUACUCUGGAUCAAAAGUAUUCUGUUUAUAGCUAAUAUCACUCUGAAUCCAUUUUAAAUCAAUACACUGAAAAUUAGCAAUGUCAGAGAUAAAGAAUUCUGUGUUGUUGGUCAGAAACAUCGAUCUGUCUGUCCUUUGCUUUUGUGUAUUACACAGUUCCUGUAAGGCCAUGCUGUCCUUGUGCUUUUGAUAGCUUUCUAGCACUUUGGGUCGAUAAUGGAGACGAUGCUCCAUUAUAAAAAUCUAAACGUCACCCACUCCCCUUGGCGUGACCAGGGCACAGCAGCAUUAUGGUCUCUGAGAGGGCCAUGAAAGAUGGGACAAUCAAGAGGAAGAGAGAGGGAGAGAGAGAGCGAGGGGGAGAGAGAGUGAGGGAGAGCGAGUGCUCGCAGGUCCUUACUGCGUGCCAUGGUAAUCCCUGAGUCUCCUUCAUUGGGCCUCAGACUGCCUCCAUGUCCUCUGGAUGAUAACAAAGGCACAGCAGGAAGCUGUUAAGAGCUCAUAAGAGGACAAAGAUAGGAGGCCGUCUCCAAGAGGCAAAAGGGCCCGGGGUCGCACUCAGUCCCAGGACGACUUCCCUUACACCAGAGAAGACAGCCUCCUGACCCCCCUCUCAGCUGCACUAGCUUCCUCUGCUAGCUUAUGUUUUCUUGGUGAAAGGGGAGUGCAUUACUGCACCCCGCCAGUGUGUGGCAUCAGUUAGUCUGUUGAAACUGGCUAUCCUGAUUGAGCUCUUGACGUAAAACCAUUGAGUUUAGUUUUUGCGUGAAUAUAGUUCAGUACCACACUAAAGUAGGGUUGACAUUGUAUUCUGAGGUCAUGGCCUUGAAUUACAUGAUAUUCCUGAAUUCUGGCUUUAACGUAAUACAGUUCUUUAAUAAGACAUUUUUGAUAUUCCUGCACACUUAUUACAUUUUUAGCUAUAACCAAUUUUCUAGCAUUAAAGAAAGCUAAUACUUGCAGUCAGGCAUUACCGAAACAUCAGAAGUUCAGAGUGUCUCAUCUUCAAAGUAAGUGCUAUGUCCACAAAUGGACUGAGGCUCCUCGUUUUUGCAAUGCUUUUUUCCCAUUGUAUUAUUUGACAGCGAAUGCAAGUGGCAUUUUCAAGUGCCAACAUGAAACAAUGCAAAAAAAUUCCAUGUUAUAUUUCUGGCCCUCUUUUUCUAAGUGAAACCGCCUCUGAUGUCCCUGCUAUGGCGUGUGUCUUUGUCUGUGGCUGUGGCAUCCAUGCAAGCCAGGUCUUUAAAAAGUAGGACCGCAGUAUAUGAAAGGGAGAGAUUAUGAAAGACUUGAUGGAGCGCCAAUUUGGGUCCAAGGUAGACACAUGUUCAUGCAUUCUCAUUAUCUCUGUCACACACACAUACACACAGACACACACACACAUUGCAAGAGUUCCAAUGCUGAGGGAAAAGUGAUUGCUUCCGAUGAGUGUGACCAUGUGAAUGACUAUGCAUGAUGGCAGGAAAUGACUGUUCUCUUUGAUAAAGCAUUUAUACAUCUUCCUAUUUCUCUUGUCUGCUAAAUGAAAUGCAUUUAAUUUAUUAGCCCAUCAGAGACAUUUAUUAUCUGGGGAAUUUGUUUGAAAAUUCUGCUCACACAGCUCAUUUGAAAGUAAUCAUAAAUGAACUAUUGACUGUGUCAGGAUAAUUAUUUUCAAAGUCUGCUAAAAUACUUUCUGCUUUCAAGUAGAUACCAAACCCUCCAAGUAAAUCAUAGUUUGUCCUCGUUAUGUUUCCCUCAACAGGUUGACAAUGGAAGAAUUACAGUAGAAGCAAUAUUGAUGUGACAUCUAGAUGAUGCUGCAGGCAAGAUAGAGGCUUGGCAGGUAGCGGUGUACUCAGUAAUUGGGCUAUGGGGGGCAUUUUCUGGUACCAAAGCUGUCAUGGGGAGACAGAAACAGACAUCCUGUUAAUGAGAGAAUGCUGUGAACUCCCUGAUGCUCAUAUCACACUAUCACCAUGUCCUUUUCUUUUGGUUACAUCAUCUGAGAUACCAGUGAGCCCUAAAUAGGCCCUCCCUCCAUAUGUUUCCUACCUUUUGCAUCAGUGUUCAUGGGCUCAUUCUGUAUUAGGUUGUCGUUGCAUUCUCAUAUGCUCAUAGGUGUGUGUUUGCUUGUGUGAUUGACAGGCACCACACGGCUACCAAGAGAAGGGGAGGUGCCGGGGGUGGACUACAACUUCAUCAGCGUGGGAGACUUCCGUAUCCUGGAGGAGAGUGGCCUUCUGCUGGAGAGUGGAACCUACGAU